AAUGUCCUCCAGGAAGAGGGUCAGCGCUUUACGCUGACGCAAGCAAAAAAGUCCAAAACUUUCAUUCAAAAAUACAAACUUCACUGUAUCAUCAACACCAGACCUCACUGUCCAUACUCUUAAAAUUCGAAUAACUUCCACAGAAAGAAUCGUUGUGACAAAUGCGCUUAAGAACAACAGUAACCACUUCAAGAAACGAGUUUUAAAGACGCUUAUAAAUGCCAUUCCAUGUUUGCGAACCCCACUCAUCUUCCCCCUCUCUUUCUCUCUCUCAUAACCAUCUAAAACUACUAUUCUACUUCAAUUUGUGCGUUCUUUAGGUUUUCUCCCACGCUUUUCAUCAUUCCCCCCUGUUUUUCGUUAAAGAUUCACAGUGAGAAAGAGGAUGGCCGCCAAUGACGAUGGAAGCGGUGGUGAAACAUCUGCCGAUCAAUUCCCGUUUGCUAGAAGUUAUCAAAUAGAAGCACUGGAGCAAGCGAUAAAGCAGAACACAAUAGUGUUCUUGGAGACUGGAUCAGGCAAAACAUUGAUUGCCAUCAUGCUUCUACGCCACUAUGCCUAUCUGUUGAGAAAACCAUCACCUUUUUUUGCAGUUUUUUUGGUUCCCACUGUUGUCUUAGUCAAUCAGCAAGCUGAGAAUGUGAGAAAACAUGUCGAUCUGAAAGUGGAAGAAUACUGGGGCGAAAAAGGUGUUGAUUUUUGGAAGGCUGCUGACUGGAAGAAACAACAAGAUGAAAACCAGAUAAUGGUAAUGACACCUCAAAUUUUGCUUAAUGCCUUGAGCCAUAGCUUUUUAAGCUUGGAUAACAUUAAGCUCUUGAUAUUUGAUGAAUGUCAUCAUGUGAAGAAAAAACACGCAAUGGCUCUCAUUAUGAAGGAGUUUUAUCACAGGCGGUUAUGUGAUGGUGGUUCUGAGCUUCCUAGGGUACUAGGGAUGACAGCUUCACCUGUGGAAGCUAAAGGCAAGGAUUACUGGGAACAGAUUAACAACCUUGAGACUGUGAUGAAUUCAAAGAUAUAUACAUGUGCAAGUGAAUCUGUUUUAUCUGGCUACAUUCCCUUUUCAACUGUUAAGCUUAAGUUCUAUGAGGACAGAGAACUUCCUUAUCAUGUUCUCGAGGCUUUAAAAAGCAAUCUGUCAGUGUUAAGAAAAAAGCAUGAAGAUAAAGUCAGUACUACAACCCUCUCAACAUCUUCAAUGCAAAAUGCCAUGAAAAGAUUGUCCAAUUUGUAUUCAACUUUUGAACAUUGCUUAACCGAAUUGGGCAUUUUCUUGGCUUUAAAGGCAGCCGAAGCAUAUUCAUGCGAAAAAUCCGAUCUCUUUUCAUGGGGGCAGCUAGAUGUACGUGGUGAGAGCAUUGCCAGAGAUUUUUGUGAAGAUGCUAGCAAAGUUUUUAGCUUUUACAUACCUAAGGAAUGGUCCAUCACUCAGGUGAAUGAAGCAUCUGUAAGCAUUGGCUUGCUUUCAACAAAAGUUGUCUGUUUAAUCGAAUCUCUUGCUGAAUACAGGCAUGUGAAGGAUAUGAGAUGCAUAAUCUUUGUUCAAAGGGUGAUAACAGCAAGGGUACUCAAAAGCUUACUUUGUGAAUUGCACCCUAAACUUUUUGAUUGGACAACAAAAUAUAUAGCUGGAAAUCAUUCAGCAAUGCAAUCACAAAGCCGAGGAUUACAAAAUAAAAUAGUGGAAGAGUUCCAUAAAGGAAUUGUAAACAUCAUUGUUGCAACAUCAAUUCUUGAAGAAGGCUUGGAUGUGCAGAAAUGCAAUCUUGUAAUAAGAUUUGAUUCUGCAUCAACUGUUUGCAGUUUUAUUCAGUCUAGAGGUCGUGCUCGAAUGCAGGAUUCUGAUUUUCUUUUACUGGUUAAAAGUGGGGAUGAGAAGACAUUGAAUAAGGUGAAUAAUUACCUUCUGAGUGGAAAGAGGAUGCGGGAUGAGUCUUUGAGCCAUGCUUCUGAACCAUGUGGGCCCCUUGAAAAAGACUUGUAUGAUGCAGUGGUGUAUCAUGUUGAAUCAACAGGGGCGACAUUGAGCUUGAGUUCCAGUAUUUCCAUGGUGUAUUUUUAUUGUUCAAGGCUACCUUCUGAUGGGUACUUUAAGCCUUACCCAAGAUUCGUGAUUGAUAAAGAAACAGGAACUUGUGAUAUUUAUUUUCCUAAAAGCUCCCCACUUCCACACGUGCAAGUUGUAGGCCCCACAAAGAUGCUGAAGCAACUUGCGUGUCUUGAAGCAUGUAAGAAACUUCAUAGUAUGGGCGCAUUAACGGACAAUCUUGUCCCAGAUACAGUGGAAAAAGAAGCCAAUGAUGAACAAGAAGCUGGAUUCGAGUAUGUCGAAGAACAAGUUCAAUACAUACCACCAGAGCUUGUUGGAUUUGGAAAUAAUUCAACUAACUUAUAUUAUUUUUACACAAUCAAGUUAGAAGAACACUAUGAAUAUGAGAUUCCACUACAAGAUAUUGUUCUUGCAGUAAGCACAAAGUUAGAGUUUGAAAAUGAAGGGUUGACCUUUGAUCUUGAAGCUGAUAGAGGAAACAUUUCUGUUUCUUUGACUUAUAUUGGAACAUCUGAUCUUACUCCUGAACAGAUAAUUCUAACAAAGCAAUUCCAAUUGAUUGUGUUGAGAGUACUUAUUGAUCGCAACAUCACAAAGUUGCAAAAGCCUGUUGAUUUUUUCAAAAUAAAAAAUGAUGAUGACGUGGCAUACGAUUAUUUGCUACUCCCAUCAGCUGGCCCAGAUAAAGCUCCAAUGGUUGUGGAGUGGAAGGCUGUUCAGGCUGCUAUGUUUGCAUAUGAAAGAGAAGUGAAUGAACACAUGUGUUGUUUAAAGGGAAAUGAACAUCAAAAAGUGCAUACAAAAAACGGUUUAGUUUGCAGUUGUUUUAUGGAAAAAUCUUUAGUGUGUACCCCUCAUAAUGGGCGUGUGUAUUGCACCACUGGAAGAUUACCUGGAUUAAAUGGUAAUUCCCCUUUGGAAAUAACAGAAGGGGGAGUUGUUUCCUAUAAAAGUUACUACAAAAAACGACAUGGCAUUGACUUGAGACAUGAAGAAGAAAUGCUUUUUGCUGCUAGACAACUUUUUACAGUUAGAAAUGCUCUUCAGAAAAGCAGACACAAGGACAAAGACAAAGAAACAAGCAGUGCAGGAGUUGAGCUGCCAUCCGAACUGUGUUUCAUCAUCAUGUCUCCCGUUUCUAUAAGCACCUUUUAUUCUUUCUCCUUUGUUCCAUCAAUCAUGCACAGGAUCGAGUCGUGGAUGAUUGCUCUGAAUCUGAAAAAGAUGCAUUUAUGUCAUAGCAUGCCAAAUGGAAAUGUUCCUGCUAUGAAGGUUUUGGAAGCUAUCACAACAAAGAAAUGUGUAGAAAAGUUUCAUCUGGAAUCCUUCGAGACUCUAGGCGAUUCUUUUCUUAAGUAUGCUGCUACUCAACAAUUGUUUAAAACGCUUCAAGAUCAACACGAAGGCAUUUUAAGUUCAAGAAGAGAGAAAAUUAUAUCCAAUGACUCGUUAUGCAGAUUGGGAUGCAACUGUAAUCUUCCGGGGUUUAUCCGUAACGAGCCAUUCGAGCCAAAAACAUGGAUUGUCCCCGGAGAUUGUUCAAGCAGCUUUAAAUUGGAGGAAGAGGUUCUAUCGGACGAGAGAAGAAUGUAUAUCAGGGGCAAAAGGGUAAUAAAAAAGAAAGUAGUGGCGGAUGUUGUGGAAGCACUGAUUGGCGUGUUUCUUAGUGAAGGAGGUGAGCUGGCAGCGUUAUCAUUUAUGAGAUGGAUCGGUAUAUCGGUUGACUUUGUGAACACACCGUAUACACGAGCCUUGACUUUGCAUCCAGAAAAAUAUGUAAACAUUCAGUACUUUGAGUCGUUGCUAAAUUACUCAUUUAGAGAUGUAUCUUUACUUGUUGAAGCACUGACUCAUGGGUCCUACAUGCUACCCGAGAUUCCAAAAUGUUACCAGAGAUUAGAGUUUCUUGGGGAUGCAGUGUUGGAUUAUAUGAUCACCGUGCAUUUGUAUAACAAAUAUCCAGGAAUGUCUCCUGGAAUGUUGACUGAUUUGAGGUCAGCUUCUGUGAAUAAUGAUUGUUAUGCACAAUCUGCUGUAAAAUGUGAUCUACACAAACAUAUUCUUCAUGGAUCUCAAGAUCUUCAUCGAGCUAUUGUCACUACUGUUCAUGAAUUUGACCAGUUGUCCUUAAAAACUACUUUUGGAUGGGAGUCCGAGACCAGUUUUCCUAAGGUACUUGGAGAUGUGAUAGAGUCUCUAGCUGGGGCGAUUCUUGUGGAUUCUGGAUACGAUAAAGAUAGAGUUUUUCAGAGUAUUCGGCCUCUUCUUGAUCCCUUGGUAACACCUGAGACACUGAAACUGCAUCCAGUGAAAGAGUUGCAUGAUAUUUGUCAGAAGAAUUACUAUGAAAUAAAAAAAUCAGCCAAGCGUACUGAAACUGAUAAUGGUAGAUUCUCUUUCACUAUAGAGGUGGUAAAAGACGAUAUUGUCCUUAAAGAUUCUUGCAUGGCUGCUGACAAGAAAAUGGCUGAAAGACUCGCUUCAAAGUCUGUUUUGAAGUUGCUUAAAGAGUAUUUGUCAGCCGCAUGACAGCAAUUUCUUUGUUUAAUCUGUUUUCGAGGCAUGGGUUUGAAUUAGAAAGGUUGGUUUUUUGUUUUUUAGAGAGUAAGUUAAAAAAUGGUCCCUGUG